CUUUCACUCAACGCGUCUGCCUGAUCAUUGGAUACCUGCCACUUGCGCAACAAGGAUAUCACGGAUGAUGCACGAAAUCAAACCCUUGUUUUUCUGACAUGUAAUAUUCAUAUUCCACUAGUCCUGCACGGCGUUUUGGUUUCAAUGCAUUUUCAAUGUGCGUCGGCGUUGCCAUGUGUAAAACGCCAUGGACGUCUUCCGCGUGCGAUUGAACUGCAUAGAUCAUUACCAAGCUAUUCCUACGAUUUAUGACCCUCAACUUCGCAAUGAUGUCCAUCCUUCUCAAUUGAGCAAAGAACCUAGAGUUCCAGUUAUACGAGUCUUUGGGUCAACAGAAACAGGCCAAAAGGUUUGCGCUCAUAUUCAUGGCGCGUUCCCGUAUUUAUAUAUCGAGUACGAUGGGAGCCUGCUUCCCGAUGAUGUGGGGGCUUAUAUAUAUCGGCUUCAUCUAUCAAUUGAUCAUGCCUUAGCCGUGAGCUACCGUCGCAAUGCUUAUGACGGGAAGAGUAAAUAUGUGGCUAGAAUUACCCUCGUCAAAGGAAUCCCAUUCUAUGGGUAUUACGUCGGGUACCGGUUUUACCUCAAGAUUUACAUGUUUAAUGCUAUGGUUAUGACCCGGCUUGCUGAACUACUUCAACAAGGGGUCAUAAUGAAACAGAAAUUCCAGCCCCACGAAGCGCAUUUGCAGUACCUCUUGCAAUUCAUGACCGAUUACAACCUCUACGGAUGCGGGUACAUCGAAACUCAAAAAGUCUGUUUCAGAGCUCCAGUACCCCAAUACGAGCAUGAAACAGAACUACAUCAUAUAUGGCAUAGCCAGUCGAUCUCAGAGGCAUUCAUUACCGACGACACUGAUCUCCCUCGUGCCAGUCACUGUUCGAUCGAGGUUGAUCUAUGUGUCCAAGAUAUUAUUAACCGACAUGAAAUUCAGGAAAGAAAGCUCCAUCACGAUUUCAUCGAGAAGAAGGACCCUUUACCCCCCGAUUUGAAAUUGGUCCACAGUAUGGCUGGACUGUGGAAAGAUGAGACAAAACGGCGAAAAAGGAGGAUGACUGCCAGAACUCCUGGAAGCAGUCCAUUUCCUCCAGAAGCAUUAGUGUCUAUGUCCGCGGAUCCGCGUGAUUCGCAACCCCCUGGGUGGAUUCACGAGGACGAGUAUAGAGAUCAAGUCCAGGGUUUAAUCAAACAAGAACGCGGGCAAUGUGGCGGCAGAGACAUAACGUUUGAUACAUUUGUACCAACUAUACCGCUGGAGUCAACUGUUAAUACUAUGUUACAGUCGGUUGAGGAUCUAUUUCCUGAUAAACUGAAGUGCGCACUGGCCACGGCGAGUCAACGUUUUGCAGAAGAUGAGAAUCCAACCAGUAGCAUUAUAGUAGACGACGACCGUAUUCUAGACAUUGGACAGGAUGAUGAUGGUCUUUUCCCCGAAGACUCCGACGAGGCAAAAGUCCCCGCAUUAGACUUGCAAGAUAAAGCCCAAGUUCCCGGUCUCAAGCAGCCAGAUAGGGGUAGCUCUGUAAGAGCAAGUAAAUCACCCGACGAAAGUACCCAGAAUACCCACAAUGACGCAGUUCGACGAUUCGAUCAACCCUUGUCUCCAAAUCUGAGUAACGAAUUAGAUAAAAUCGAUGAGCCAGAACUACUCAUCAGAGGAGUCCAUGUUAGCUGUUUACGCACGAGGAAUCGACAACAUAUUCCAAUCCCAGAAGCCCUGAUAGAUGUCGCAAAAGAGCAAGGCCUUAUCAGCAAGGCUCCUCAACAUAUGAAACUUAACAAGGCGGCGAAGCGGCCUGUCACAUCUCACUUAGACGACCAAGAAACAAAACGCCGCCGUGUUGCUUCUGCUCUGAACGUUGAUAGCAGAAGUAGCGUGGAAAGAAGGCCAGCAGUAGUAGCUAAUGAUCAAGAAUCGCGAGGAACAGAUUCUAAAACUACGCACUCGAGGCUAAGAAAGGUACCCAGCGAAUCCGUGAACCAGACCCUCAAAUUCCCUGUGGUCAAGAACCCCAACGAUCCAAGCACACUGUUACGAUUGAGCCAGCAGUCGGGUUCUCAGCAUAGCGAAGGUAGUCAAUCCACUAAGCACGUCACAUUCGGCCUUUUGGGACCCACAGAGGAUAUCUCCCGAAACUCGACCUCCACUUGGACUCUUACAGAUAGCACUGCUCGAAACUUGCAUUCUCACGCUGGUAGGUCGGUGUCUCAUAGCUCCGCCUCAAACAGCAUGGGAAAAAGAGAUGUUCAGAAACCCGUCGAUAUUGGCUGUACCCCUCGAUUCCAGGCGCAAUUCUUUGUAUUUGAUCAUGCUCCACCCUCGGUUGAAGAAGUUGUGUCAACUAUGGAAAUCUUGGAUCGGCCCAAUGCCAUAUACCAGGAUGCGUUCUACAGCAAUGAGAAAGACGUGCCUCAAAGAGGCCGGGAAUAUGCUGGCCAAGAGUUUCGCCUCCAAGGAAAUACCCUUCCAUUCCUACCGGAUUUUGACAUGACUGGAGAAUCCCCGGAAAAUUAUGGCAUGAAAGCCGAGCCCCCUUAUGAUGCCGAUAGGGACGAGGUGCUAUACGAGAAACUGCGCCAGGAGUGUUCGUUAAGAAGUUGGGAAAUUGCAGAGCCUCCACCAAGCUUUGAUGAGGUGCAAACUUGGUGGAUGGAAUCUCGAGGGGGAAUGAAUAGCCUGCAAGGGCCUACAAUGAAAAUUCAUGACCCUGAGCUUAAGCCAUACCUAUCCCAGAUUGAAGGUGCCACUCCAAAGAACAAGCAUGGCUUUAAAUACUCUCAAAAAAAGAAAUCGACCAGUGUUCAACACGAGGCACAGUAUAUGAGUACGAUGAGCCUGGAAAUACAUGUCAAUACCAGGGGCAAGCUUUUUCCUAACCCGGAGGAAGACGAAGUUCAAUGCAUUUUCUGGUGCUCUAAGUCGGAUGAGCAUUUCGCCUUGGGCGAUGAUGCGUCGUUAGCAGUAAGGUCUGGUGUCAUUGUCCUCUCCGAAGACGGAUCUUUAGCUCAGAGACUGCAAAAGGAAGUCCCAAUCCUCACCGAAAUUAUAGAGGAAUCAUCGGAACUUGACUUGAUGGUCAGGAUGGUCGAGAUUGUCAGGACGCACGACCCGGACGUCCUUACCGGAUAUGAAGUUCAUGGUAGUUCUUGGGGGUAUCUGAUUGAGCGAGCACGAUUCAAAUAUGAUUACAACCUUUGUGAUGAGUUCUCUCGGAUGAAGAGCCAAUCCUUCGGACGAUUCGGAAAGGAAGCCGAUAAAUGGGGAUUCAACACAACUUCAACAAUUCGAGUCACCGGUAGGCAUAUGAUCAACAUCUGGCGGGCUAUGCGAGGAGAACUUGGUCUGCUCCAAUACACCAUGGAGAAUGUGGUUUGGCAUUUGCUGCAUCGACGAAUCCCACAUUAUCCCUGGCGUACCUUGACGGAUUGGUACGUUGGAGGAAAGCAUCGAGACUUGAGCAAGCUUCUUCGAUACUACUUGACGCGAACGAAACUUGACAUAGAGAUCCUCGAAGCGAAUGAACUUAUACCAAGGACUAGCGAGCAAGCCCGGCUUCUAGGCGUGGACUUCUUUUCGGUCUUUUCUCGCGGAUCUCAAUUCAAGGUCGAGUCAAUCAUGUUCAGAAUUGCAAAGCCAGAAAACUUCGUGCUAGUCUCCCCAGACAGGAAGCAGGUCGGGAGCCAGAAUGCGCUUGAAUGCCUCCCUCUGGUCAUGGAACCUCGGAGUGCCUUCUAUAAUAGCCCGUUGGUAGUUCUUGACUUCCAAAGCCUGUACCCUAGCGUCAUGAUCGCAUACAAUUACUGCUAUUCGACCUUCCUCGGUCGUAUCGUUAACUGGCGUGGCACAAACAAGAUGGGCUUUGCGGACUAUAAACGGCAGCAAAGGCUGCUGGAAUUGCUCAAAGAUCACAUCAACAUAUCCCCUAAUGGUAUGAUGUACUGCAAAGCGGAAGUUAGGAAAUCUUUGUUAGCGAAGAUGCUAACGGAGAUUCUGGAAACACGAGUAAUGGUCAAGAGCGGGAUGAAGCAAGAUAAAGACGAUAAAACUCUUCAACAACUCCUCAACAACAGGCAACUUGCUCUCAAGCUGCUUGCAAACGUCACAUACGGGUAUACAUCAGCGUCAUUCUCAGGUCGCAUGCCCUGCUCCGAAAUUGCGGAUAGCAUUGUUCAAACUGGCCGCGAAACGCUCGAGAGGGCAAUAGCCUUAAUCCAUUCAGUAGAGAAGUGGAAGGCGGAGGUUGUCUACGGAGAUACCGACAGUUUAUUUAUUUAUCUUCCCGGCCGGACCAAAGACCAGGCGUUCGAUAUCGGCAAUGAGAUUGCCAAAACGGUUACGGAUAUGAAUCCCCGGCCAGUCAAGCUCAAAUUUGAGAAGGUCUAUCACCCGUGUGUGCUACUCGCAAAGAAGCGUUACGUCGGCUAUAAAUACGAGAGCAAGGAACAAGUCAAACCAGAUUUCGACGCCAAGGGUAUUGAGACGGUCAGAAGAGACGGAACCCCUGCCGAACAGAUGAUAGAAGAGAAGGCGCUCAAGAUCCUUUUUGAGACCGCCGACCUUAGCCAGGUAAAAUCGUACUUCCAGAAGCAAUGCGAAAAGAUCAUGCGCGGCGCCGUGUCGAUACAAGAUUUCUCCUUUGCGAGAGAAGUGAAACUGGGAACUUACAGUGACCGAGGGCCACCCCCUCCAGGCGCUUUGAUCAGUACGAGGAAGAUGCUCGAAGAUGCUCGAGCGGAGCCGCAAUACGGUGAGCGGGUGCCGUAUGUCGUUGUCUCGGGAGCACCCGGAGCCCGACUCAUCGAUCGCUGCGUAGCGCCCGAGGAUCUUCUCAGCAACUCCCAUUUACAGCUAGACUCGGAGUACUACAUAUCUAAGAACCUCAUCCCACCAUUGGAGCGCAUCUUCAACUUGGUCGGGGCCAACAUACGCCAGUGGUACGAUGAAAUGCCCAAAGUGCAGCGAAUUCACCGCGUCGACCCGAUGGCGUGCGGCGGGAAAACCAUGUUUGGGAAGAAGACGCUUGAGUCGUAUAUGAAAGCAGCGGCGUGUGUUGUCUGCGGCUCAAAAGCCAAUAUCGAGGGCUCAUCAAUAUGCGCGAAGUGCCAAAAGAAUGUGCCAGCCUCGUUACUGAAGCUACAGACACAGCUAAACCGUGAAGAGAGGAAACUGACAGAUGUAACCAAGAUAUGCCAGAGUUGCGCGGGAUUGUCACCGUUGGAUAGUGUGCCCUGCGAUAGCAAGGAUUGUCCCGUGUUCUACACACGUAUGAAGCAGACGGCGCGAUAUAGGGCGGAGAAAGGCGUGGUGGAGCCGGCGGUCAAGCAGCUUCUAGAGGGUGAGGUUACGCUAGAGGAAUUACAAUGGUAAUAAUGUGUUAUGAUGGACGAGGUUGCUUAAAAAAAAGGUGCAUCAAAUAGGAAUAUUCCUGAGGUGGUUUUCAUUACACCGCUUAUGUCUUUGUUGGGAUAAGCAUAGCAUAGGCGUUUAGAAAUACGAAGAAAAGGGGCAUCGGCAUCGGCAUAUUACAUAGUAUUGAUUAGGACCUCGGGAGUUAUGGAAUUAUUGGAUUGGAACCGUUGAGAAUUUGCC